AUAAAGUAGGGAACUGUAUUGAGAGACACAAUCAUACGACACAUGGUCAUUCACAUAAAUGAAACACAAAAUCAUUAAUUAAAAACACACCUUCCAAAUUGAAUUGUCUAUGAUCACAAGAAGUGUAGAGAGAAAAAAAGAUCUAAGUUCAUGUCUUUGCCUAAGAAUAAUUAUCUGAUCCACCCCACCCCCAACCGAACAAAACGCGUCUUCUUUUUUGGCUCUUUCCUCUCUUCCUUUUCUUUCCUCCCAUUUCACUUCUUUCCUACUUCCCACCACUAUAACUUUUUCACCCCUAUAUAUACCAACCCAACACAACACAAACCAAAACCUCAAAAACACACAACAAAAUAACCUUGUCAUUGUUAUUGUUAUUGUUAUUGUUACAACAUUGUCAAAACAAAAUGUUUCUGUUUUUCUUCCUCUUUCUUUUCUUCUUCAUCAACCCUUCUCAACAAACAACUUCACUCUCACUCUCUUUCCCUUUAACAUCACUCUCUCUUACAACAAACACAACCUCAAAAAUGCUAUACACAUCUCAACUAUUUUCAUCUUCAUCUUCAAGAAAACCCAACAACAGCACACUAAACAAAACAACAGUACCUUCUUAUAACUACAAAUUUUCAUUCAAAUAUUCGAUGGCUCUCAUCGUUAAUCUUCCCAUUGGAACACCACCUCAAACUCAACAAAUGGUGUUGGACACAGGUAGCCAACUUUCAUGGAUUCAGUGUCAAAAAAAACAACCUCCAACGGCGUCGUUUAAUCCUUCUCUCUCUUCAACUUUCUCUAAUUUACCUUGCACUCACCCUCUUUGUAAACCACGAAUUCCCGAUUUUACCCUCCCAACUUCUUGUGACCAAAACCGUCUCUGCCAUUACUCCUACUUUUACGCUGACGGUACUUACGCUGAGGGUAAUCUCGUCAGAGAAAAAUUCACAUUUUCUCGUUCCGUUUCUACCCCUCCUUUAAUUCUCGGUUGCGCUACAGAAUCUACUGACCCCAGGGGUAUUUUAGGAAUGAAUCUCGGAAGGUUAUCCUUCGCUCAUCAAUCAAGAAUUACUAAAUUCUCCUACUGUGUACCCACUCGUCAAACUCAAACACAAACCCGACCCGGUUUAUCUCCUACCGGAUCUUUUUACCUCGGUAACAACCCGAAUUCGAAAUGGUUCAAGUACAUUGGAAUGGUGAAUUUUUCUCCACGUCAACGCAUGCCGAAUCUUGACCCAUUAGCUUAUACUAUCCCUAUGCAAGGGAUCAGAAUUGCUGGGAAGAAACUAAACAUCUCGCCGGCAGUUUUUCGUGCGGAUGCUGGUGGGUCGGGUCAAACCAUGAUUGACUCCGGAUCCGAGUUCAGUUAUUUUGUUGGUGAAGCUUACGAUAAAGUGCGGGAAGUAGUGGUUAAAGCUGUGGGGCCGAGAAUUAAGAAUGGUUACGUGUACGGUGGAGUAGCUGACAUGUGUUUCGAUAGUAAAAAUGCUAUUGAAAUCGGACGGUUGAUAGGUGAGAUGGUUUUUGAAUUUGAGAAAGGGGUGGAAAUUGUGAUUCCAAAGGAAAGAGUACUUGCUGACGUGGGUGGUGGGGUCCACUGUGUUGGAAUUGGAAGUUCAGAUAAAUUAGGUGCGGCGAGUAAUAUUAUUGGGAAUUUUCAUCAACAAAAUCUAUGGGUGGAAUUUGAUCUGGUGAAUCGUAGGGUGGGAUUUGGUAAGGAUGAUUGUAGCAGAUUAGGGAAGUGAUUGUGUACGGAGUUGUGUAUGAAGGUUUUUGUGUGUCGGUGGUGGUUGAGUAGGGUAGAAGAAAAUAUCUAAUGUUAUUGUGUGGUCAGUGAUCAUCGGUGUGAUGAUGAGAUCAAACGGUUCAUGAUGAUACACGUGUGGAAACGACAAUAGUUUAUGACCGGUGGGGCUUUUAUUGGCAACAUGAGUCAAGGCUGGUGGUUUAAGUAAUUAAUUAACAAUGUAGGUUUAUGUGAAUGAGAUUUAUGUAUGUAUAUACGAGGAUUAGAAGUUAUUUAUCAUAGUAAUAUAAUAUUAAUAUUGAUAUUUAAUA